AUGGCGUCGUCACCGUCCCCGCGCCCCACAGCCAGGCUCCGGAGGCCUCCGGCCUCCCCCGCGUCCUGCUCCUUUCCGGCUGUCUCCCUGCGCGGCCUCCUCUCGCUCUCCAGCGCCUCUAGGGUUCUCUCUGUCUCCUUCCGGCAGCAAAGGCCGGUGGCAUCGACCUUCGCUGGAAGGCCGCGCCUGCUGACGGCUGCGCGGAGCUCCGGAGACCCUGGAGAGGUGAUCGAUAUGGUCAGUCAUGAAGGAACUGAGCAGACACCUGGAGGCUCCACUGGUCCAAGAAAAGAUGGACAAGAGACAGCCAAAAGUUUCUCGACUAAAGAGUUGCUAGAAAAACUAAAGAGAUAUGGUGUUGCUGGGGUUCUGUCAUAUGGACUACUUAACACUGUCUACUAUGUGACUGCAUUUUUAUUAGUCUGGUUUUAUUUUGCGCCUGCUCCUGGUAGGAUGGGUUAUGGUGCAGCUGUUGAGAGAUUCGUUAAACUAAUGGCAAUGGUCUGGGCUGGCAGUCAAGUUACUAAGAUUUUUCGAGCUGGAGGGGCCCUUGCUCUGGCUCCUUUUGUUGAGAGAGGGCUGAGAUGGUUCACAGUCAAGUUCAACUUCAAGUCAGAAGGGAAGGAAGGAAAAAGCUACUGCCACUUCAGGGGGUUGGCCUGGGAGCCCGCUCCGCAUCCACAUGGGGUACCAGCCCAUGCACGGCAACGGCGGGACGGCCGGUGCCGGGACAUCAGGCUCCGGCUCCGGCGGCGGCGGAGACCACCUGCACCACCACCAGCAGCGCCUGCACAGCCCCCGCAUGGCCGCCGGCGGGGGCUCCAUGACCCGCCGGGCCAGCUCGUUCAAGCGCGGCGCGGGCGGCGAGAUCGAGCUCCAGAUCGGCUCCCCGCGCUCGCCGAGGUGCGACGGGCUGGGCAGCCCGCCCUCGACUCCGUGGAGCCGUCCGGUGGCGGCCUCCACCACCACCACCAGAGCCAGCACCUCCGGUUCCGGCUCUUCAAGCCGCCGGUCGGCUCCGGCGGCAGCGCGGUCGGGCUUGGUCAGGGGAUCCGGGAGAGGAGGAUGCUCGGGAACAUGCUGUUCCUCGCCUUCUGCGGCGUGUGCUUGCUCCUCGGCGUCGCCAAGAUCUUGGCGGGCGGCUGGUUCGCCCUCCCUGCCAAUGACAAAGACGCCGAUUUGAAGGAUAUCUCUGUCUCCUUCUCUGGUGAGAAAGUGCAUCAAGUUGAUCAUCACUUCGUAUACAUGGGAGGAAAAGAGAGUGACAGGACUUUGAUGACAGUGGAAUCUAGCAUCAGUGGAAGAGAAGACAGUGUAGCUGAGGCCUCUGAUGUCUGGUCUCAGCCAAGCAGUACAAAUUUCAGACAAUGCAUUGUUUCAAACUCUCAUAAAAAGCAAGUUUCUCAUACGAAUGGUUACAUUAUCAUAAACGCAAAUGGAGGUUUGAAUCAAAUGAGAUUUGGGAUAUGUGAUAUGGUUGUUGUUGCUAAGAUCCUGAAGGCAACUCUGGUUCUUCCUUCACUCGAUCAUACAUCCUACUGGGCAGAUGACAGUGAAUUUAAGGACCUUUUCAACUGGAGGCACUUCAUUGAGUCACUGAAAGAAGACAUUGAUAUUGUUGAAACACUUCCCCCUGAAUACAGUGACAUUGAACCUUUGGCUAAAGCUCCAGUAUCUUGGUCGAAGGUGCAUUAUUACAGAGAUGAAAUCCUCCCCCUUUUGAAGAAACACAAAGUCAUUUACUUUACACAUACAGAUUCUCGCCUUGCUAACAAUGGCCUUCCUAGUUAUAUUCAGAAAUUAAGAUGCGGAGUUAACUACAGAUCUUUGAAGUAUUCUCAUACAAUUGAAGAUCUUGGUAAUACCCUAGUUUCAAGGAUGCGUCAGGAUGGAAGCCAAUAUCUUGCUGUCCAUCUAAGGUAUGAGAAGGACAUGCUAGCUUUUACUGGUUGCAGCCAUAACUUGACAGCAGAAGAAGAGGAGGAACUGCGUAAAAUGCGUUAUGAAGUCAGUCACUGGAAAGAGAAAGAAAUCAAUGCUACUGAGAGAAGAAGCCUUGGUGGCUGUCCUUUGACACCAAGGGAAACUUCACUUUUACUCAAAGGAUUGGGUUUCACUCGAAGCACCAGAAUUUACUUGGUUGCUGGUGAAACUUUUGGCAAUGGAAGCAUGAAAGCUCUGAAGGAUGAUUUUCCCAAUAUUUAUUCUCAUUCUACACUGGCAAUAGAAGAGGAACUUGCACCCUUCAAAAAUCAUCAGAAUAUGCUUGCUGGUCUUGAUUACAUCGUGGCUCUUCAGAGUGAUGUCUUUAUUUACACUUAUGAUGGAAAUAUGGCAAAGGCUGUACAAGGCCAUCGUCGUUUUGAGAACUUCAGAAAGACUAUUAACCCAGACAGCACUGCUGGGACAAUUCAUUUCAGUUUCAGCCCUUACUGGAGUUCACAGUAUGUAUAUUGGAUGUUGGGCAUGACUGUUCAUCAGUUUUCGCACGACUGUAGUAUGUGA